GAUCACCAAAAAACAACUCAAUUCUGUCCUACGACUUUGUUACACUUGCUUCUAUACACUAAUUUUCCUACACGCUAGCGUACACUACUUAUCUUUUGACCCAGCGGGCUACUACAACGUCCACUGGCAGGACUGUCUAUGCGAUGCAAAAAAAGAGAAAAUGACACGUCAGCACGUCGCCCCAAAAAUACCAUGACACACAGAGAGAAAGGAACCUUCUAGUCGACAGAACGGAGCACAGCAGAUAGAGAUAACACGAAGACAACAGGUGAAGGAAAAAGAGCAGAUGUUACAACGAGACACAGCAGACGAGACUCGAGACGACGACAGCAAGGGCGAGGGCGGGCACGGAGUGUUCGGUCGGCAGGGAGCAGGGGCGGAGGCGGUUUCGUUUUCGGGUGGUACACCAGAGGCAGGCAGGGGCGUCCGUCGCGAGGACGCGUGUGUGCAUGCGUGAAAACGAUUAGGAUUACGGAGGUCGCGAAGGGGACAAAGAAGGUGUGACUGCGCCGGACCACGGGCGGAUUACGACGAAAAGGUGAAAGAGUGUAUGUGGUUUCUACAGGGCCAAGACUAAAAUGAGUGUGUGAUGUUCUAUGGAGUGCUGAGAUAGAUGAGAUGCGCGUGUGGAGUUAAUGACAGUGUAUGCGUCCCAUAGGGUGUCGAUUCUGAACCAAAUGAGCGUGUAUAGUUGUGUUGAGCAUGGAGAGAGAUGGACGAAUGGGGGUAUGUGUACGAGUUGAGUCGUCCCGAGGUCCGAGCGUGGUCGCGACGUAGGUUGUGCAAUUUUCAGAUGUAACGCGGCACACACAGCGUUUUCCAGAUGGAGACGGUUGGGUGGCGAGAGGCCAGGGAAGAUGCGCGAUCAGUUUACGUAGUGCCAGGCAAGCGUGGCCCUGCCGACUCCCUUGAUGUGUACCUGUGCGCUUACGCGACACACCUGUUGCAUCACUUAGUAACA